CUAAAAUUACUCACGUUUGCAGUGAAGAAAAGAGGAGAAAGAGCUUAGUUCAUCGGUUAUUAUUCGAUUUGUUCAGUCCUCCAUUGAAUGAAAAAAAAAAAAAAAUCAUGUGGGCAACCCUGCCAAUCACAUGCUAUGCUGUACAUCGUAUUGGAAAAUAUUAAAGAGCAUAUGAAACUUGAAUGUAUAUUAGUUAGAAAAAAAAAAAAAAAUCUAAGUUUCGAUAUCAAUAUAUAUAUAUAGAUCGUUAGUGUGCGGAUCAUUCACCAAGAUGAAGAACUCAUCAAAUCUCAGUCGAGCUCUAUGGGUAGUCGUCUUUAUCGUCUUGUUAUCUUCUGAAUCUCACCAGCACUUCUUUUCUCCCUUCUUCAUCCCAAACCCUAGGCUGAUGAAGGCUUACAUAGCUCUCCAAGCUUGGAAACAUGCAAUGACUUCUGAUCCCAACGAAUUUACUGCCAACUGGUAUGGGCCUGACGUUUGUAAUUACAGUGGUGUUUAUUGUGCAGCAGCACCAGAUGACCCCCACAUUUUAACCGUCGCCGGAAUUGACCUGAAUCACGCCAACAUAGCUGGAUUCUUACCGGAAGAGCUCGGCCUCCUCAAGGACCUUGCUCUCUUCCACUUAAACUCUAACCGUUUCUAUGGCACAAUCCCUGCUACCUUUAUCCAUCUCCACCUUCUUUAUGAACUUGACAUUAGUAACAAUCAAUUUAGUGGUCCUUUUCCUUAUAUUGUUCUUUAUCUUCCUUCACUCAAAUAUCUUGAUAUUAGAUUCAAUGAAUUCCACGGUGAUAUCCCAGACAAAGUUUUUGAGCUAGAACUUGAUGCCCUUUUCCUUAACGAUAACAAAUUUGCUUCAUCUUUACCUGAAAAUCUAGGCAAUUCUCCUGUCUCAGUGUUCGUUAUCGCCAACAAUAACGUUAGUGGAUCCAUCCCUCCAAGUUUGGCAAAAAUGGCAGAGACCCUUGAAGAGAUUAUUCUCUCUAAUUUGGGAUUGACAGGUUGUUUACGCCAAGAUAUUGGGAUGUUAACUGGGUUGAAAGUUCUUGACGUGAGCUUUAACAAGCUAUGUGGGACUUUGCCAGAAUCCAUAGGAAAAAUGAGGAGCUUGGAGCAGCUAAAUGUGGCACAUAAUAAGCUAUCGGGUCAGGUUCCUGAGAAUGUAUGUUCCUUGCCUAACUUAGAAAAAUUCACUUUCUCGUUUAAUUACUUCUCUGGUGAGUCACCUGUGUGCAUUCGUUUACCGGCGAAAGAUGAUACCGGAAAUUGUAUACCAGGUAGGCCUUUGCAGCGAUCUCCUGAAGAAUGUAGGUCUUUUUAUGCACAUCCGGCAUGUGCAGCCAGUACAUGCUCCCGGAGUUAGAACUCCACCGGAGUUGGCAUUGCCAAUAUAUGCCUUUAGUGUAUCACUAUUCGAUUAGUUUGUUGACCAGUGAUCACUAGAUAUAAUUAAUAAAGAAAAAAUAAAUAAUUUGUU